AUGUAUACUCACGACCGCGACGAAGCUGACGAACCACGCAAACGCAAUAAAGUCUCCCACACGGCCAAUGGCAUCUGCUAUGACUGGAUGGUGGUCUCGGGCAACUGCCAUUACGCACGCGACCGGGCAGCGUUCCAGACGUACCGGACGACAUCGCAAAAGCUCCAGCUCCGGAACAACAUCUUCAACCCUCACGAGGAACUCCACGUGGCGGGGGUAGGGACGGUGCAGCUGACGGUGUGUAGGAGACCCGGCGGGGCUGGCGACACGCGGGUGAUCGAGCUCAAGGAGGUGCUGCAUAUCCCCGAGGCGAUCUGCAAUGGGUUCAACCCGUUACUGGUGGGGAGCAGCAUGUCGUGCCACGCGGAGUACUGGGAGGGGGCGGAUGGGCAGGGCGAACCGCUGUGGUACAGCGUGCCUUUCGCCGGAGGGACCAGACUGGCGUUGGCGGGGGAUCCCCGGGGGGAGUCGGAGAUGAUCGAGGGACGAUAUUAUACGUUGAGUUUGUAUAUUAGUGGGGAGGAGAAGGCUUUAUUGCAGUCUAUAUAA